AUGAGGAUCAUUCGUGGCUGUUGGAGAUCUUCUCAGGGUGCCCCGGCUGAGCGCUGGCGUCCGGCGGCGGCCCACGCCCCGGCCGUGAAUGGCUACGAGCAGCUCUUGCAACCUCCCAGAAUGGUCUGCGACGUGACCUACUGGAUGAACCAAAUCCUUUUCGACCUCGGGGCCCCGGCGUUUGCUCUCAACACGGCUAUCGAAGCAACGACGCUGGCCAGCCGUGUUGGUGGUGUGCAGUGCUGUAUCAUGCCGUCCUGCUGUGGUCUAUACGAGCAGGAGGUGAUCCGGGACCGCAUCCGCCCUGGUGACAUGCUGGUUAUCUCGGUCGGCGGCAACGACAUCGCACUGGCCCCUUCCAUUUUCACAGUGCUCGCCAUGGUGCUGCUGAUGUUGACACCUUGGCCGUUCCUGUUCUGGUUCCACCCUGCUGUGGCGUACUUCAUCGGAUUAUUCAGGUUUCAGGUACAAUGCUAUGCAGAUAGGCUGACGCAAAGAACACGUCCGGCGAAGAUCGGAGUCUGCAUGAUCUACAACCUAGACGAGCGCAAUGGAGAGUCCUGGGCUAACAUGGCCCUGUGCAUCCUGUGCUACACCUGCUUUCCGAGCAUGCUCCAGCGGCGCAUGAGGUUGGUCUUUGAGCUGGCGACCUGCAGAAUCCAGGUUCCAGGCUCCGAGGUUGUUCCCAUUGCCUUGGCGGAUGCCUUGGAUGGCUGCUGCACGGAGGAUUAUCAUCAGCGGGUCGAGCCAAGUGUCAUCGGUGACCAGAAGAUGGCCCGGCUCAUACUCCAUCGAUUGGGAUGGCAAUGUGAAACGCCAGGUUAUCGAUACCAGAAGUUGUGCCGAGCACAUUCAUGUGCUUGUUCCGGCUCGAAGACCCGUCUCCUCAAUGAAGUUGUUCGGGCACUGAGGCGGUGCCCGCCCAGUCCGACGAUGCUCCGACCUUGCGCAUCCUUCGCUUUCCUUGCGCUGAUUGGGAAGGCCAGUGGAGCCUUCGAGCCAGGGUACCUGGCAACCGCCGCGAACUACACACGCGCAGCGCUGGAUGGUUAUUUGCAGGGACGUUUCGGCCAGCCAGCCGGCGAGCUACCUGCCAAAGGAGACCCUGCGCUGGACCCGUGCCCGAUUUUGAACAGUUGGCCGGACAAGGUCGAAAUCGAUGCGCCGAAUCCAUGCAAUCCCUUGGCGAGUGCUGGUGGCUGGACCUCAGAGGCUCCGGGCUCUGGAAUGCCCCUGGUGAUGACCUGGUCGCAGCAAUGCAGCAAAGUCGGGGCCAGUCUAGUUCCUGAGACGACCUACAGCCUUCCAUCGGGAGGCUUGUUCGGAACCAGUCGUCUGGUGCCUUCCUUGAUGGGCAACACCUUCCAGCUGAACGACUGUGUGGGCUACACGCGAUACUAUAUUGACGAGAAGGUCUAUCAUGUUGUCGGAGAGCCAGACGCCCAUGCCUGCGAAAUCUAUGGGUCUUGCGAUGGCUCAGUUUUCCUGCAGUUCAUCAUCAGAGAUCACGCAGGCCGCAAGAUUGCGCACACGCCCUACCUGCGGCUUUUCCAGAGCUCGUUCAAUAUCGAGGACACCAGUGGCCUGGUGGUAGCACAUGUGGAAAGGAUUGGACACUGGAAUCCAAUGUCCAAGAUGUGUUCAACCAAGGGACAUCGAUGGUUGGUGAAGUUCCCAGACCUGACCUUGCCUGGUGCGUCAGCAGUCUUUCCGACUGCGGCCGACCGGUGGCCGGUUGCGAAGCUGGUCACCAUCAUGGCCACCCGAGACGCCAGUCGCCUGUCUUCCGGCCUCGUCUCUCCUUCCGUCUGCGAAGUGGAGAAAACAGGGCUGCUGGUGAUUUCCAUGGUCUUUCUGGCAGUUGCUCUUGGAGCUCUCUACAUCUUGUUUCUGCGCGUUGGGGUUGCCCCGAUGCAGAACGCCUGUUUGGACUUCGAGAGUUCGUGCUGCCCCCGAAGGAAAAUGGCGGCGACAUCAAGAUUCCCGAAAUACACGGUCUGA